GUUACUCUGAAUGAAAAUAUAACAGCAGAAGCUGGACUCUGUGCUGUGAUACCAUGCUCUUUCAAGUCUGGCUUUGAAGCCAAAGUUAUUAUCUGGUAUAAAUGUGACCAACUAAUGGACAGAUGUGGAGAUUUUGACAAAGUAUUUCACUCUGACAAGAAUAUUGAAAACGUUCAGUCUGGGUUCAAAGGGCGAGUGUCUCUGCUGGAACCAGAUGUGACCCAGAAGAACUGCAGCAUCAUGAUCAAUGAUCUCAGACCCUCUGAUUCUGGAUAUUAUCAGCUCAGAGUGGAGGGAGAAGGAACAGGAAAUGCAUGGACAUACACUACAAAAACAUUUCUCUGCCUAACAGAUCUGAACCAGAAGCCCAAAGUGACGAUUCCUCCACUGACUGAGGGACAGCAGGCCACUCUGACCUGCACUGCUCCUGGUCUCUGCUCUGGGUCUCCUCCUAAAAUCACCUGGAUGUGGAGAAGAAAAGGAGAGAAGGACUCUCACAUCACAGGAAACACCACUUCCUUAAAAACUGAGAAUCUGACUACUCUGACACAGAGACACAGCUCAAAUCUGACCUUUAACAUUUCAGCUGAACAUCACAACAGCAAAAUAACCUGUAAGGUCAGCUUCACAGGGGACAAAACCACAGAGAAGACUGCAACUCUGAACGUGACAUACACAAAAAAACUUCAGAUAUACGGCAGAACAACAGUGAUGGAGGGAGAUGAUGUGAAUCUGGCCUGCAGUGUUGACAGCUUCCCUCCAUCAGUUAUCAAGUGGACUAAUUCUAGAACAGAAACUGAUCGGACCAAUAAUAUUUUAAGAAAAGCAGAUAACAGCAGAGUAACCUACCUGCAGGAAAAGAGUGGAAAUGUCUCUUAUUCCAUCACUAAUAUAACAGCAGAAGAAGCAGGACCUUAUAUUUGUACAGCAACAAACCAGAAUGGCAAUAUGACAGAAGAAGUCCACAUUAAAGUGAAUUAUAAAAGGAAGCCUCAGAUUUUUGGAAAUACGACUGUAAAGGAAGGAGAUGUUCUGAAUCUGACCUGCAGUGUGGACAGCUUCCCUCCAUCAGUCAUUAAUUGGACUAAAUAUAAAAACGGAACCCUUCCAAAGAAUGUCUCUUUCCCCAUCAUUAAUGUAACAGUAGAAGAUGCAGGCCGUUACAUUUGUACAGCAACAUAUCUGAACAGCACCCUGGAAGAAGAAAUCAAUGUCAGAGUGACAUAUAUAAGAACACCUAGGAUCUCUGGCAACACACUAGUUAAUGAAGGAGAGGCUCUAAAUUUGACAUGCGGUGUUGACAGCUUCCCUUCCUCAGUUAUCAACUUGACUAAAUUCAAAGGAAAAACUAACCUGCAGAGCAAUAUUUCAAGUAAAUUGCAAAACAGCAGUGAAGAAAGUGGGAUUGUCACUUUUCCCAUCAUUAACGUAACAGCAGAAGAUGCAGGUCUUUAUAUCUGCACAGCAAAACACCUGGACAAAACUCUAAACGAAACAAUCAAUGUCACAGUAACAUAUCAAAGGAGGCCUCAGAUCGAUGGAAACCCAACUGUAAAGGAGGGAGACGUUCUGAACCUGACCUGCAGUGCUGACAGCUUUCCUCCAUCACUCAUCGUGUGGACUAAACAUUCACCAAACCUAAAUGCAAACAACAGAACUUUUCUCUCCAACAACACUGGAUCUGCUAAUCUUAUCAUCCUUAACAUGACGGUGGAAGAUUCUGCGCGAUACAUCUGUACAGCAACAUACAUGAACAAAACUGUGGCUGAAUAUGUUGACAUAGAAGUGACUUGGUUUGCAAAGAUACUGAAAGGUUCUGGGUGUCUGCUUCGGUCAGACGUUUUGACCUGUGUGUGCAUCAGUGAGGGGUUUCCUUUACCCACCAUUAAAUGGCCGUUGCUGGAGGAUCAUACUGAGUACUCUGUCACUAACAUGGUGUCAAACCACACUGUUAACAGUACUGUCACUGUCACCAUUGAAACCCAUGGCAACAUCAGUGUUGAAUGUUCUAGCAGCAACCAAAAUGGGGAAGCAAAGGAAAAACUCACAGUCCAGCCAGAGAAGCCAAAUGAAGAAGAUAAGCUUUCAACUAAUUUACUGAAAGGUUUCCCACUGGACGCUGUCAUUGCCUUUUUUAUUGGGCUCCUCCUUUCAGCUAUCAUCAGCUGUCUGUUCGUGGCAUGCUACAGAAGAAAACGGAAGAACUCUGUGGGUGAAUCUCUGGAGAUGAUCUCGCCUCUGAUAUCUAAUGGUCAAGCUGCACACGGUGGUCAGCCCCAUAGGGCACAAGCUUUGGCUGUGGCUACUGAAGCUAGCAGUGGUCCAAAGGAAUUGAUAUAUGCCAGCAUUGACUUUUCCCUGCUGGACCGGAUUCCCAGAAAACCGGCAAAGAGUUCAGAAAAAACAGAGACAGAAUAUGCAGCUAUCAAGAUCAUCAAGGAAAAGGAUGGCGAUCCAGGGGAGAUCAUGAUUGAGGAGAACAGUCAAAUGAAAAACUCUGUCCAAGAAGCAAAAGAAGAGGCUGAAGAAGCUGUGUACUCCAGUGUGGAGGAUUUAGUCGAUAGAAGUUAAAGUGUGAGAAACGGAUAAACACCCCCUAAAGUUGAAGUUCUGAUUCUAAAAUUCCCUGUGCUUCCAAAGGCUAAGGAUCCAAUGUGGAUGGCAUUUAUUUAAGAUAUCCUAGAAGUAUUGCAUGGAAUAUUAAUUAGGACUUAUGAUGGUUUGUAUUUUAUGAAACCAGUUGCACAGUUCAUGGUAUGCAACAUCUACGCAUCUGUGCAUAUGUUGGUUUAGUGUUUGAAUUAAAAAAACUGAGAAAAAAUUACAAAAUAUUGCCACAUCAAAAGGAAAAUCACAGAGGUUUUCUGACUUGCAAAGAGAUCACACUCAACUCUAGUGUGAUGUCAAAUACCGAUAUGAGUUUAUUUCUGAGAAAACUUGAAUGAUGCAAUGUGCAGCUGUCAUAAGGAUGAUCAGUCUCCCCUAAUUUUGUUCAUAUGGAUUUAAUCUUCUUCAGAUACUUUACUUAUAUACUUAAUUUAUGUUUUAAAAAUAUUACAACUUUAAAAGCUGUAUGUAUAAUGUCAAUACACUGUUUACCAUGACUGUUACAACGAAAAAAAGAAUGUUUCUCAUUUUGAAUCUAGUGGCAAAGACAGAUCUACUCAUUCAAGUGUGCUGAAUAUUAUUGCAAAUAAUAUCUCUACAUAGAUGUUUUUAUUCAAAUUUUACGGAUCAAUUUAACAGAUGCUUAACAUACCAAUAUUAAAGAAAACCUAGAAGAUAUGAAUGUGUUGCUCAAGGGAGGCCUAUUGUAAAAUCUUUAUCACUUGACACAUGGGUGAGCACUGCAAGGUGCCAGAACUCUGAUAACACCCUAAUUGAAUUCUCUUUUUUUUUAAGUUGAUAGAUAAAUUUAACAUGAUGAAAUCAUUUUUAUUUUCAUUUGAUUUUAAGCAAGCAGAUGUGUAAUUUAUUUGUACAGACUACAUUUAAUACUUGUGCAAAUUGCCAUAUUUAAGCUUUAAGCAGGGCUUUUUAUCACCAAUUGGUAAUAUGAAGUUAAGUAAUACAUGUCCUAGAUGCAUAUUUAGAUAGUUUUACAUGCAUUGACGCUUGUUAGCUGUCCUCUUACAGUUUAGAGAAAUAGAAAACAAAUAAAUGACACAUAGGGGUCUAUGAUUUGAAGAAUUCUUGCAGAGAUAUUCAAAUAGCAUCUGAUGCAACUUCCAGAACAAUUCUUUUAGAUUCAGUUAUUGGUAAAAUGGUAAAUGACUUAUUCUUGUGUAGCUCUUUAUCUAGUCCCAAGCGCUUUAUACUACAAUCAUUCACCUAUUCACAAUUUAUAUUUAUUUUUUGGUAAAUAUUUAUUCUGGGUGUACUAUCACAAUGUCAUUUCACAAAACU